AUGUGGACCCCGGCCGCAGGAAGUGAUCACGAAACCACCUGGCCAACGCAGCUUCUGAUGCCCUCCAUCAUCAACUUCACCAGUGGCAGGUCUCAGAGCAUUUCUUGUGCUUGGUGCGCUGCCCCUAUGAACUGCCUUAAGACAUGUGCCAGCUCCCUCCUCGUUUCUGCUGUGGACUACUUCAAGAUGCAGGAGAGGAUGAAGUUGAUGGAAAAGGAUACUGAUGCAUCCAAGAAGCUCACUAGCGUCGCCUGUGUCUACAUGUGCUGCAAGUGUGUUCGCCAGACGGAUUUCUGCCAGAUCUUUAGGUAUCUUGGUGGAUUUGCACGUAAGUACGAGAUGAAGGACAACAUCAUGGUUGGAAGCCAUCACUUGGUCAACCCGAAAGGGCACUACAAACACUACAACAGUGCGCUCAAGUUGUUGGUCAAUGGUGUGACCUUUGCUAACGUCAUGCAGUACGCGUCGAAUCAAGACAAGGUUCCCUGCACCCGUUUGCGCAAACUCUGA